UUUUUUUUUUUUUUUUAUUAUCAUUUUCACUCUCCUUUUUUUUUUUUCUCUCUUUUUCAAUUUCCACUUUGACAAUUUAUGCAAUGAAUUACAAUAAUAUUUAUCUCGACAAUGAUGUAUUAAAACACGUUGAGUCGCUAAGAACAAGGUUAGGAUUUGCCAAAUUCAAAUUAAGCAAUGGCUGGGAAAAGAACAGUCUAGGCGAUGUAGAAUGCUUUUGGAAGCAGAAACAAAGAGAUUCUUUCCAAGGUCUACCCACACCAAGAUUUACUCAACAAGAUAUCAUUGAUAAAAGAUCUUAUAUACAAGCCUCUGGCGCAAAAUAUGCCAAGACAAGAAGAUAUCGAUUAUUAAAUCGAUCUUUGUCAAAUCCAUCACAAAAGCAAGACAUGUUAAAUUUUAUAUGUUCCUCAAAAUCCAUCAAAAAAGCUAGACGCAAAAGCCACCCACCAUCCACUCAACACUAUGAAGACGAGGAUGACGAUGGCGACGAUGACAACUCGUCAAGUUCAUCUAUUACAUCAUCACCAAAGCAACAGCAACCACCACAGCAAUACUAUUUUCAUCAUUAUAACAAGGAAGUUUGGAAUAAUAAGCAACCAAUUAAGCCAACAAAUCAUUCCGUUUCUAGUUUUGAUGCUUCUUGUGUACCGACAGAUUUAAAUGGUGAACCUUCUGUAGUAAAGAAUUCACUGGAUUAUUUAUCCUAUGCCAUUGCAAUGACCGAAAAGAAUGACGCUUGGAAAUCAACCUCUUCUCCAACUAAUUUGGCUGCUGAGACUAUGUUAAUGUUUGUAAAUAGUAACGAAUCUACCGCAUAAAUCCCACUAUAUCCCCCCCCCACCCCUUUUUUUUUGUAAAAUAAAUUGUGUCCAUAUUACCCUUUCGUUGUGCACGUCCUAUUCUUAUGCAUUAUCUGACAUCAUGUGUCACUUAUUUAUAGUCCUACCAGUGCUGAUCUUUUUACUAUGUUCAUCUCCACAAAUUAAAGCGG